AUGUUGAUACCGGGAAAGCCUACAAUAGGAGAUGUUGAUACCGAGAAGGUCUACACAAACAACAUACAAAUCUUAGCUCACCAGUAUAACAACUCAGUAAAAUACUUCAGUACAGGACGACAGACCACAUACACAAGAAGAGAACAACAAAACACAUACGCAAUGCCGACCGAGCACUUGUACGCAGAGUGGCUGCGAAAAGUGACUUCGAGUGCAAAAGACAUCCCACUACUAUUUGUAUAA